AUGUCGGAGAAAGGUCGGCCAUUGCCAAAGUUUGGUGAAUGGGAUGUGAAUGAUCCAGCUUCUGCAGAUGGGUUUACUGUAAUAUUUAACAAGGCCAGGGAUGAGAAGAAAACGGGCGGGAAGCCUGAGUCCCCCACAACGGUGGCUCCAAAUACAAACCAUGCAGCAGAACCUUUAAAACCUCAGGGUAAAAAAUGGUUUUGCUGCAUGUAG